CUCGUCCUGGCUUCGUCUCGAUUCCCUCCCGUAGUCGCCCUCCCUCCGCGGGCUGCCUCGGCGAGGUGGGCGGCGGCCGCAGGGGCGCAAUGAAGACCACCCGCCGCCGACGGCGACGCCCGCCGAAGGGGGCGACACCUGCCGCCGACCCAGAGAGCAGGGGGGCGACAUCACCCGCCGCCGCCGACGCCCGCGACGGCCGCUGUCGACGCCAGGUCGAGGACGAUUCCCCGCCGGCGAUCGAGGGCCGGUGCGCGCGCGCGCGCCGGUGCCGCCAUGGCCACGGUGAAGUACCGCGGCCGCGUGAUGGAGGCCUACCAGCACCCAGCGGUCAGGGACAGGAACGGGGAGCUCAGCGGGGACUCCGACGCCGGCCCGGACGCCGAGGAGCUCGUGGACCGAGGCCACGCCCUCGGCGUGCUCCGGCGCGACGGCAUGGAGCUCCAGGGCAUGCCCAAGGCCGCCCGGAGGGAUCGCGAGCUCGUGGAAGAGGCUGUGAGGCAGAACGGCCUCGCCCUGCAGUUUGCCUCGCCCGAGCUGCAGCGGUGCCGCGUGCUGGCGGCCGAAGCCUGCCGCAGCCGCGGGGCGGUCCUCGCCUUCCUGUCGCCGGAGCUGCAGCGGGACCCAGAGGUCGUCUUGGAGGCGGUGCGGCAGGACGGGCUCGCCCUGGCGCACGCCUCCGAGGAGCUGCGCGCCGACGCCGACGUUGCCGAAGACGCCGUUGGCCAGGACUGGCGCGCCAUCGAGCUCGUCGCCGAGGAGCUUCACGAUCAUCGGCCGCUGGUGCUGCUGGCGGUGAAGGGCAACUGGAAGGCUCUGGGCUUCGCUUCGGAGCGGCUCACUGGGGACCGCGAGAUCGUGCGCACGGCCAUUGCGCAAGACUGGCUGGCAAUAUCGCAUGCUGCGGAGGAGCUCAAGGCCGAUCCCGAGGUCGUUCGCGAGGCCGUGUCCAAGAGCUGGAGGGCCCUGCAUUUCGCGUGCGAUGAGCUCAAGGCGAUGCUCGAUCGCGUUUUCCUGCUCCCGCUGCUGCUUUUGUUGCUGUUUUGUUGUCUCCUCCCCUCUCCUACUAAUUACUACUCCUCGUAUCUUCCAUGCUCGAGCCAUCCCUGCUUGUCGGGAUUCUCCACGCUCCUGGCAAUGUCAGCCAAGGCCCUUUUGUGGACAUCAUGGAUCCUGCAUCAUCUUCUCUUUGUAUAUGUCAUCACACUCUAACUUUCCAGCGUUGCCGUGAGUCGCAAUCAGGAUUUCCCCGCGAGUUUACACUCGCAAACAUGCAAAAUGUUCAAUGAACCAGCAACUUUUGGUUGCCAGUUCCUUCAUGCAGCGCACGUGAGCGGGGCAAGAUGUGCUCGAUGAAAUUCAAGCGCCAUCUGGGCGCGUUUGUCUUGUCUGUGUUGGUCUGUCUUCGUCUAUUUAAAUUCAGGUAUUGUUUGUGUCUGUGUCCGCAACACCAGCAGCAGGGCUGGAAAUCAUAUUCUAUGGUGACAGGUAAGCGCAUUGGCAUCUGGACACCGUUUUACCGCGACUCUGACCACAACUCAACUCCUGCUCUAACUUGUUCGCACGAUAGGGCAAUAGGGCCAGGCAUCCAGUCUACGUCCGUCUCCUGACUGAGCUACAAACUCUUUUGCGUCAGUUCUUCACCCAACGUCUGACUGAGUCCCUUGCGCUGGAGGCGCGUGGAGCUUUCUCGCAACGGUCGACACGGCCAGCCCUUGCAGGUGUUCAGCGAUGCCAGUCGAGGAGAGACGCAGAUGUAUGCCAGGGCGCUCUCUUGGGGGCCUGCCCAGGGGUAAAGACAGAGGGGACCAGCCUUCUCUCAGACUGCGGCGGGGCUUCUCAGAAGCCCUGGCGCCCUCUUACGAGAAGACUUCGCCGAAGCCGCAGGCGGCUUCUCAGAGGGCGCGAGGGCUCCGGAGAAGCCCGCCUCCUCCUGAGAAGGCCGGCCGCCUCCGCGUCUGCGUGUCUGUGUGUCUGCGUGUCUGUGUGUCCGUGUGUCUGUGUGUCUGUGUGUCUGUGUGU